CUUUGGUGUUGUAUGACCUUUAGCCAACCUUAUAUAACAGAGCUACAUGACAAUUGAAUAAUGAAUGGAGCUUUAUUGGGUUUGAAUUAAAAGCGGGAUACUUGUUCCCGAAUGGCUGGUCAGAGUGAUCUCGAUCGCCAAAUAGAACAGUUAAGGGCAUGUAAACUUAUUACUGAAGAUGAAGUUAAAGCUCUUUGCGCGAAAGCUCGGGAAAUCCUCAUAGAAGAAAGUAACGUUCAAUGCGUUGAUUCACCAGUGACUGUUUGUGGUGACAUUCACGGUCAAUUUUACGAUCUGAUAGAGCUUUUCAAGGUUGGUGGAGAUGUUCCAGACACGAAUUACCUUUUCUUGGGUGAUUUCGUCGACCGUGGCUACCACAGUGUUGAGACUUUCCUGCUUCUUCUUGCCCUGAAGGUGAGAUAUCCAGACAGAAUAACACUUAUACGAGGGAACCAUGAAAGUCGUCAAAUCACUAUGGUGUAUGGAUUUUAUGAAGAAUGCCUUAGGAAGUAUGGUUCAGCAAUGGUCUGGAGGCAGUGUACUGAGAUAUUUGAUUACUUAUGCCUCUCCGCAGUAAUUGAUGGGAGGAUAUUCUGCGUUCAUGGUGGUCUGUCACCCACAAUCACAACUUUAGAUCAGAUUCGUACCAUCGAUAGAAAACAAGAGGUUCCUCAUGAUGGUCCAAUGUGUGAUCUUUUAUGGUCUGAUCCUGAAGAAACAGCCGGUUGGGGUGUUAGUCCUAGAGGUGCUGGUUAUUUAUUUGGCUCGGAUGUUGUAGCCAACUUUAAUCAGUUGAAUCGAAUCGACUUUAUUUGUCGUGCUCAUCAAUUAGUUAUGGAAGGUUAUCGUUGGCAUUUUCAUGAAAGUGUUCUCACCGUAUGGUCAGCACCAAAUUAUUGUUAUCGUUGUGGAAAUGUUGCUGCUAUUUUACGGUUAAGUGAACGGCUAGAAAAAGAAUUCUCAAUAUUCGAAGCUGCACCACAAGACGUUCGUAGUAUACCAGCCCGUCGACCGAUUCCGGACUACUUUCUUUGAAAUAACACAUCAACAAUAAUAAUCCAAGAAUGCGCGCGCUUUUAUCUCUUAUGUUUUAUCACUUUCCCCUCCCAUGUUUAUAAACCACCCGGUCCGAUUUUUAAUCCCUAUGUCCUUUUAAAAUUUCUUUUUUCUAACCGUUUUAGCAUGAUGAUUUUAUUUUGAUCUUUUUUGAACGUUUAACGUCAAAAUUUCUUCAUCCUAUCCUCCUUCCCCGUGUAAAGAAAGACUCCAUUGUUCUUUGAGUUCCUGUCGUCGUCGUCCGUCAGCCCUCUUCCCCUCCCUUCCUCCCUCCGUCACACAUACACACAAUCUCAGGUGAUUUCACAACAGUUUAGCCGAUACGUGUGUGUAUGUGUGCGUGUGUAUAUUUUGACAUCCCCACUAAAGCACACAUAAUAUGUGAAUGUAUGUUAUUAUUAUUAUUAUGUACUGAUAUGUAUAUGUAAAAAAACAGAGAAUAAAUGUAAAUUUUUUGAAUUUUUCUAAUAUUACAAAAUAUAAUAUCAAAAAAAGAUGUGCAGAAAUCAUCAUUUCUCAGGGAAUUCCAAUUCGUUAUUACUUUUUUUCUUGUUUCUCGUCUUUCUUUUGCUUUGUAUACACAUAUACUACUUAAAAUUAAUUAAGCGAAAUAAGUAGUAGUCUCUUUUUUUCUAAUAAAAAACAAACAAAAUAAUAUCACCAUUUUGCAUUUCUUAAACUGGCCACCAGUUGAAUGAAAUCACGAUGACUUGCAUAAAGGCGCAGUUCAGAACUGAUGUCUGUCCAUCUGACGGCGUCUGCAUCAUCACCUG